AUGCCUCCAAAGAAGAAGGCUGCUGCUGAGCCAAAAGGUUCACCUCUGAAGAAAGCCAAGAAAUCCUUUGCUUGGGAAUGGAAGGAUGGGACAUCUUGGAAAGCAUAUGCUGACGAGGAUUCCGAACUGUUGGAGCAUCUUUAUGCUACAGUAGGUGCAAAGGGGAAGGUGGUCACCACCGAGUUCUCCUUCAACCAGGAACACCAAACCAAAUACGAGCUGAAUUUCGCGAAGAUGUCGCAGACCAACUUGGAAAGCAAAAAGUCACGGACCAUCCGCAGGAAAGGUGACUUUGCAGCUGUGGUGAAGAAAGCAGUCUGGGAAUGGUGGUCAGAUGAUGAUGAAUGGGAGUCUUUCAAAGAUGUGGAUGCUCAGCUUCUUGAGAAGGCGUAUGUGGCUGGAGAGACGCCCUUCAGCACGAAGAAACUCAGUUGGAACGAAGGAUUCGAUAGCCUGUACAUUUUUGAUUUCACCGUCAUGACGCAGGUCAACUGUGAGAGCAAGACAUCGCGGAAGAUUCAGCGCACUGCGGCAGGUGGUUCCAAGCUCUUCGGCCACAAGGAUGGUGAGGAUGACGGCUACGCUGGUGCUGUGGGAUUCCUUUCGGACAAAGUUGGCGACACCACGGUGAUGUUUGCUGGAAAGUUCGAACCAAGCCUGUCUCCAGCGCAUAUUGCGGAGCAGAAGAAGCUUGGUGCACAGUCGCUCCGAAAGCAGAAGAAGGAUUAUGGACCCAUUGUCUCCAAAGAUGAGCAUGGGAGGAAGUGUUUUGACGAGAUGCUGAAGAACGAGAAAGAGUUCUGCGGCGAAUGGGUGGUCUUUUACCACAGCUAUUCAAGUGCAGCACUUCUCUAUGAAGUACAAGCAGCAGUGGCUUCGGUGCUCUUUCGCUUUAAAGCCGAGUUUGCAUCUCUUCCUCGAUUGUUGUGUGCUCCGUUCCACCACAUCCCCACUGCAAAGCGCAUGUUGGAGGAGUUCCCAAAGUGGAAGGAUCAAGAUCACAACCAGGCAUUCCGUUUAGUUGGCUUGUGUGGCACCUCAUCCUUGUUAGCGCAUGACUCCGAAGCACCUGCAAAGUCCGUCUUCCUGGCUGGUUACAGCGUUGGCCCUUUGAAGGGAGUGCUGGAGAAGUUGCUGGGAAGUUGCGGAGUUCCUGCAGGGAAGGUGAAGGGCUUGGCCACUGAGAUCAUCAAGCUCGCAGUGAAGUGCGGCCUCGACUGCUCUGGCAUCCCUGGUGGAAAGAAAUGCAAGUCCGGUAGAUCUGGGCACAUGCUGCAGAUCUUCUUGAGGCGAGAACUCUGCGACUAA